ACCCCCACAAUCUCAAACCAGCAAAACUCAUUUCCUCUUUGACUCCUGAGUCUCUCUCUUUGUUUCCAGACCAAAAGCAAAACCUUCAAUGGCAAUUGAUCUCGUUAGGUUCUCCAAGAUCGACGAUCGGACGGCCAUGGAAGAGGCCGCCUCCGCUGGCUUACAGAGCAUGGAGCAUCUCAUCCGUGUCUUGUCCAGUCAAACCCCGUCUCACAACAACCUCGACUGCGGUGAAAUCACCGACUUCACCGUCGCUAAGUUCAAGCAGUUCAUCUCCGUCUUGAACCGGACCGGUCACGCCCGCUUCCGCCGCGGACCGGUCAAGCAACCUAGUGACUCUACCACUACUUCUUCUCCUCCUCCUCCACCUCCUCCCAACCCGGUCCCACCAAAGCCUCAGGUUACUUUGUCUUUGGAAACCGGAAAUCCCAAUACCAAUACCAAUACGAACACCCAUUCCAAGUCCAAAGACUGCCUCACCUUAUCUCCUCCCAUGUCCACAACGUCAUCGUUUCUUUCUUCCAUCACCACCGGAGACGGCAGCGUUUCGAACGGCAAAGUUUUCUCCUCAGCUGCCUUUCCCCCGGCUCCGGCCUUUUCCGCCGGUAAACCCCCGCUCUCCCAAUCCCACCGGAAACGCUGCCACGACGAGCUCGCAACCAAAACGACAUCGUCCGGUCGAUGCCAUUGUUCUAAAAGAAGAAAAUCCAAGGUGAAGAGGACAGUCCGAGUGCCGGCGAUUAGUUCGAAAAUCGCCGACAUACCUUCCGACGAGUUUUCGUGGAGGAAGUACGGCCAAAAGCCGAUCAAGGGCUCCCCAUACCCACGAGGCUAUUAUAAGUGUAGUAGCGUGCGAGGGUGUCCAGCAAGAAAACACGUGGAGCGCGCGCAAGACGACCCCACCAUGCUUAUCGUUACCUACGAAGCGGAGCACCGUCACCCUCACCCGCAGCAGUCAAACUCUGUCCCGGCGGGUGUUGUCGGACUCGUGUUCCAAUCCGCCUGAAGAAGGAACAUUUGUUGCAAUGAUCGCGACCGUUGAAAAGGCGCCGUGACGCUGGAGUUGGGGCAUGGCGGGUGAUGUUAGAAGCCCACUGACAAAAGUCAAACAAAAAUGUCAAAAAUAUAGGGUGUAAUGGAAAAUGGGAAGGGGUAUGAUGUAAAUUACGAAAGAAAGAAGGGUGGAAUAUAAUUUUGUGGAUCUUGAACAUUAAAUUAAUUCAUUUUUCGUAUUUGUUGAUGAUGGGAUAUUGGAUUCGUUUGGUUGAAAUCUAGGUCACGCGCGCAAAAAGUCAAAAGGGGAAGUGGGGGGAGCAUUAGAAAUAGAAUAAUCUUCUUUUUUAUAUUCAUGUCGUCUAGAUGUACACAAAGUCAAUGGAGUUAUUCUUGGGCGUUGGCCCCACGCCAGCUAGUUGACUGUGAGAUCCGGUUUUGGCUAGUUGUGUGUGGUGUGUAAUGGGUGGAAAAGAUGUAGAUGCGAGCAGUGAGCUAACUUGGGUGAAAGUCACACUUUUCAAAGUAUUGAAGUCUCGAGUUUGUGACGUCUCUUGCAUUAAAUUUAUACGAGUUUAGCGUCUUACUUUUCCA